AUGCCGCGAGGAUUCCUCGUCAAGCGCAGCCGGCGCCCCGGCGGCUCCUACCGGGCGCGUCCGCGGGAGCGGGACCCGGACCGGGACCCGCCGCCCGCCCCGCCGCCGCCCCCGCCGCCCGCCGCCGGGGGCAGCCCCGCCGCCAGCGCCGCGGGGCCGCGGGCAGCUCUCUUCGAGCGGUGCCUCAGCUCCCCCGCCUCCGCCGAGUCCUUCCCCCUGGCCGCCUCUUUCCCACCCGCCGAGAAGCUGCUGCUGCAGCCCCGCACGCCGCUGCCCGUCCCACCGCCGCCGCCGGUGCCCGCGCUGAAGCGGCCGUCGCGGGCCAAGGCGCCGGCCAAGAAGGCCAAGGCCACGCGAAAGCUGAGCUUCGCCGACGAGGUGACCACCUCGCCCGUGCUGGGGCUGCGCAUCAAGGAGGAGGGUCCCGAGGGCCGUCCGGGGCCGCCGACGGGGCGCACGCCGCUGGGCGAGUUCAUCUGCCAGCUGUGCAAAGAGCAGUACGCGGACCCGCUGGCGCUGGCCCAGCACCGCUGCUCCCGCAUCGUGCGCGUCGAGUACCGCUGUCCCGAGUGUCACAAGAUCUUCAGCUGUCCCGCCAACCUGGCCUCGCACCGCCGCUGGCACAAGCCGCGGCCCGGCCCCACCGCCGCCGUCCCUGCCGCCGCCGCCGCCCCGCCGGGCAAGGAGAACAGCCCCGAGCGGCUACCCCGCGGUCCCGCCGCGCCCCCUCCACAGCCGCCGCCGCCCCGUCAGCACCGCGGCGGCGCGGACAGCGCCAGCGGCGCCCCGGUCCCCCCCGGCCCUGCUCCCGGCAGCGCUCCCGGCCCCGUCGGGGAGGCGUUCGCCUGCCCCUGCUGCCAGAAGCGGUUCCGGCGGCAGGCCUACCUCCGCAAGCACCUGGGCACCCACGGGCCGGCGCGGCCCGCCGCCUACGGCCCGCCGGAACGCGGGCAGCUCGCCUUCGCCUGCCACCUCUGCGGCGCCCGCUUCCCCUCGGCGGACAUCAGGGACAAGCACCGGCUGUGGCACGCCGUGCGGGAGGAGCUGCUGCUCCCGCCGCCGCCGGCAGGGCCCCCCGAGGGCGGCGCGGUGGGCGGCGAGCGGCAGGGCUUCCCCUGUAAGCAGUGCCCCGCCACCUUCUUCAGCGCGCCCGGGCUGGCGCGGCACGCCAGCAAGUGCCACCCGCCGGAGAGCAGGCAGGUCCUGCUGCUCCAGGUGCCCGUCCGGCCGGGCUGCUAGGAACGGGACUGCUCCGGGAGCCCGGGCGGGCCGAGCGAGUCCUGUCCACGCUGUAAUUCCUAUGGAAAAUCAUGGCUACGACGGCGGAGGGGCCGCCCGCGGACUCCUGCCUCUGCCCUCCCCGGUUGGCGGGUAUUGGAGUUCGGCCACGCGGCAGGAGGCUGAGCCGACGGGCGGCACCGCCGGGGCAGGCGGCAGCGCCCGUGCUGAGCCCUGCAGGGACGGUGGGAGCGCAGCGCGGCCCGUGGGCCGCCGAGCAGCCGCAGGGAGGACUGGCGGUGUGGGCACGGCCCCGGGCUGGCGGCAUCAGGCAGGGAGCCGGGCCCUGCCAGCGUCUGCCGGGACGCAGGCGAUGCGGGGAACCAGGCGUCAGCUCACUGCGAGUACAUCUUCUGUAGCUACCCCUCGGAUAGGAGUACAGCUGUAUAUACGAUAUUUAAAGAGAGGAAUUAUUUUUCGUGAGAAAAUGAGCUUAAUCUAGUGACCUUGUUUUAAUAGCCUUAGCCCCUGAGCUUCAACAUUUAAGUUAUUGUGAGGUGUUUUGUUUGCUGUACUCUGUACUAAGAUAGCUGAGAAGGUAAAUGUUCAUAUUAAGUCAAUGUCAAGUCAUACAAUAGCUAGCAAAACGUAUGGAAAAUGAAUUGUGCUGUCCGCUUAAAGUAUGAGGUGUCAAUCUCUAUAGCUAAGUGCGCAUCUCCCGCUUGCUCUGUGUUCCUGUGCUCUAGCUAGCAACUGUGCGGUAGGCAAACGCACGUCUCCAGCAGCUGCCCAUUUCAAAACCCGCUCUGUUAGUGGCUUGUCAGUGUGGCAUCAACAAUGGCACAAGGAACAGUUGGGUCUCAUCAGGCCUUGCCAGCCCCUGUGGUGUGGCAGGCAGAGGGGCCCUGUCCGCAGCUGGCUUUUUUGGGCAGCCUCUGACCCCUCUUCCCCGUGAGCUCCUCUGAGCCUUGUGAACAGCUGAAACUAGAACAUGAAGCAGCCUUUUGACAUGUUGCUGAAGCAUGGGUGGCAGGCUGCCUUCCUUCUCUCUAACGAGACCUACUUUCAGCAAAGCAACCCGCGGCAUGUAUGGCUUUCACGGUGCUCUGGCCACAUGCUUUGAAAUACUGUUGAAUUUACCAGCUCUGACAUUUCAGCCAGUAUUUAUUUAUUUAUUCGUAAUUUAUUUAUUUAUUUUUCAACGCAGGAGUGCUUGUUUCUAAAUGUGGUAACAGGUGAGGCCAAAAAUAAGGGCAAACAAAAUUCAAUAAAGGAUUUAAAAGCUCACGCCCUUCUUGAAUUCAGCAGGGCGAAGUGGGUCAGCUGGUGAUUUCUGAAGAACCAAACCGAUCCCAGCCAUGGUCUUUGUUCUAACACUCUCUCUGAAAUGAGUAUGCAAAAUAUGUCAAUCUCUUGAUUAGCAUCCUCCAAGGCAAUUAUUUCUGUAGUUUUAUAUUUUGUUACACAUGACAAAAGAAUCCUGUAUUUCAACCCGAAGGCUGAAAGCAAGUGCUUUAUUUUAAAUGUGUUUCAUGGACCUUCUUGUUUUAGUUCCAGGACCUGGACAAAUGAAUACGAUAUAACCUAUAAUACAAUAUAACCUAAAGCAGGCAAGAUUUGCAAUCUGAUGGAGGAGGCUGAACUAGUGGCUUGCUCUUCUCAUAUGCCAGAAAUAAAGCAUGUUAUUUUAA